GGGAAAAUAAGAACAUGUCUGAGUCCCCCUCUCAAGCGGGAAAAGAAAUACCGGCGAAAAAACAAAAACUAAGCAGUGACGAGAACAGUAACCCCGAUUUAUCAGGCGACGAGAAUGCUGCAGGCGUUAGCAUCCAGGACCUACUAGUUAACUAAUCAGGGAGAGAAGGGAUUGAAACGUACGAUGUGACACGUUAUAGCUGUGAGGGCUGCACGAGGCUAUAAAGUCACUUGACUUCACGAGGAGUGGAUGGAUGAUGCUGUCAGUGUUGAGAGUGGAACCAACGCAGAGCGCCCAGACACACCCACCAACACUGCCAACGCCCCGGGCAGAAAAAGCUGGGGCAAGGGCAAGUGGAAGUCCAAGAAGUGCAAAUAUUCUUUUAAAUGUGUCAACAGCCUGAGGGAGGACCAUGGCCAGCCGCUGUUUGGUGUCCAGUUUAACUGGCACAGCAAGGAAGGAGACCCCCUGGUGUUUGCCACAGUCGGGAGUAACAGGGUAACUCUGUAUGAAUGUCACUCUCAGGGAGAAGUCAGGCUGUUGCAGUCUUAUGUCGAUGCAGACGCAGAGGAGAACUUCUAUACGUGUGCUUGGACCUACGACACCAACACGAGCCAUCCUCUGUUGGCGGUCGCCGGAUCCCGUGGCAUCAUUCGGGUGAUCAACCACAUCACAAUGCAAUGUAUCAAGCAUUAUGUAGGUCAUGGAAACGCCAUCAAUGAGCUCAAGUUUCAUCCGAGGGAUCCGAAUCUCCUUCUGUCUGUUAGCAAAGAUCACGCUCUUCGUCUAUGGAACAUACAUACAGACACUUUAGUGGCAAUAUUUGGUGGUGUGGAAGGUCAUCGAGAUGAAGUCCUGAGUGCUGAUUUUGAUCUCCUGGGUGAAAAGAUUAUGUCAUGUGGGAUGGACCACUCCUUAAAACUUUGGAGAAUCAAUUCGGAGAGAAUGCAGAAAGCCAUCCGCGGGUCUUAUGAAUACAAUCCCUCAAAGACCAACCGGCCUUUCGUCUCGCAGAAAAUUCACUUCCCCGACUUCUCGACACGAGACAUCCAUAGAAACUAUGUGGACUGUGUGCGGUGGCUCGGAGAUCUUAUUCUUUCCAAGUCCUGUGAAAAUGCCAUUGUCUGCUGGAAACCAGGAAAGAUGGAGGAAGACAUCGAUCUCAUGAAACCAAAUGAGUCAAAUGUGACAAUUCUGGGUCGCUUUGAUUACAGCCAGUGUGACAUUUGGUACAUGCGCUUCUCCAUGGAUUUCUGGCAGAAGAUGCUGGCUCUGGGGAACCAGGUGGGGAAGCUUUAUGUGUGGGACCUUGAAGUGGAAGACCCGCACAAAGCAAAGUGCACCACCCUGACCCUCCCCAAAUGCACAUCGGCCAUCCGGCAAACCAGCUUCAGCCGCGACAGCAGCAUUCUGAUCGCCGUGUGUGAUGACGCAUCGAUCUGGCGCUGGGACCGACAGCGCUGAGUCAUUUCACCCCGAGAUGACCUUACGACCUUUCGGGGCCCAGUUGCUUCCCGCCCUCCCGACCUGUUGUUCAGAUUUACACUGCAAGAAAUGUCUGUUUGAACAUUUAAUCUUACGUGGGGUCUAAAAAUUCAUUAUUUCCUUUAAAAAACAACAACAAAUAUGUGAAAAAACAGUGCCAAUGCAAGAUGAGGUGAUUCCUUUUGUUUUCAUUUGUUUUGUUGCAGGACGUUUAAAGACGAGGAACCUUUUAUGUGCCGCACAACAUCGGUGGUGAUCUGGGAGUUAAUUCCUUUUUUACGUGAACAUCUUUGAGCCACGACACUAAAGAGCAAAAAGAUGGACGUUGUUCCAAAUCACAGAAGAGUUAUUUUAAGUGACAUUUAAAUGUUCAGGAGCUAUAACGUUGGGUGAAAUAUUCCACUUCAGCAGAGGUUCUUGCCCCCGAGUGCCUUCUAGAUUUCUAUGCAGUCUCUCAUCCAUUAAAAGUGAAUAAAUAAGUCUGAGACAAGUGGAAUCAUCUCGUUUAACUGGCAGAUUUGUUUUAGGGAAAAUAAGCUUUUAAGACGCAACAGAUGAAAUGACCAAAGAUGGGUUUUCUUUGCAGUGGGCCACAUUUUAUAGUCAUCAGUUCCUUUUUUCUCUCCAUUCCUUUGUUUGCUUCGAUGACCCCUCUCCUCCCACAAACACACACUUUGACUGGGGGACACUCAAUAAAAUGUAUUUUAUAAAUAAA